GAACUAUUCUACUCACAAGAGUUUCAACUCACAGGAUAUUGGUUAGCGUGUGGACACGAGCUCAUUUUUAGUAUAGCUAUUAUUAUUAUUAUUAUUAUUAUUUGCCAAUACCAGGAUUACAAUGAUUCGCAGAUCCAGGAUCAGUGUACGGCCUAAUGUGCGGCCUGGCAACAGAUCAGCAACUACUUCUCAGGACACAUCCCAGAAGAAUCAAAGCUUUUCUUUACAGUCUUCUGUGGGCUUAGAACUGACUGAACCAGCACCAGAACAUCCUUUGUUUACUGAAGCAGGCAAAAGUUACACAGAGCACCCCGAGACAGCUGCCUCUUGCCAGAUUGACGUAUCUCAAAGCAGAGAGCAAUUCUCGGGACCUCAGUUGAAGGAAGAACUACCCAGUCUCAGCCUGUCCAAGCCACAUUCUGCUGCUUUCACAGAAAUUACGCAUGACAAAACCACCUCCGCUCAAUCUCCUUCUUCUAACAGAUGCACUCUCCCUUCACAUAAGCGUGCAACUUCAGUCAAAUUCUCCCCCCCCAGAGUUACCAUCAAUACAGAUGAAACCACUCCUUCAACAGCCUUUGUGCAAGCGAAGGCAAACUCCAAAGCCCCACAGAAGCCUAUGGUCCGACAGAGCUCCACUGCUGUCCCUAAACAGUGCAGAUCAAGGCAGAGAGAGGACAUCCAUAUUCAGCAGCAGCCAAAUAUUAUGUCUCUUAACAAGGAGAACACAGAGAUUCUGGAGUCAAAUACUGAGGAAGAGAGGGCACUGAAAGUGUCAAGUUUACAGCCAGAUUCCCUUUUAGGUAUGGAUGAUUCUAAGGUUUCAGAGGUUGAGCCAGCAUCUUCCUCAGAGCAAGACAUGACUCUUACCUCAGAGAAAGUUAGAUCCAAAUGGACUAAUAAGGACUCAUCUGCUAUGCGACCACAAGGCCUAAAUGACCCUGCUGAUCGAAUCCGGUUGGGGAAAGCUCAGAAACUGCGGGAACUGCUGAAGCUAGAGAUUUAUAAGGAGCGGAGCCAGAAGUCCUUACUGGAGAAAACAAAAAGGAUACAGUAUGAAACUCUGAAAGACCACAGCAAGAUGACUAUGAGAGAGCUUAUCUACUAUCUGCCAAAAACCAACCCAAUGAAAUCAUUUCAGGAAAAGGACCAGCAUAGCAAUGAAACCAUCCUCUCUUCACCAGAUCCUUCUGAAGUCUCAGAGGAGAUACCUGCCCAGCGGGAACAGCAUAUUCAAUCGCAACAUCAUGUUGAAGAACAGGCCCAUGAGGAAGAUUUGUCAGAAUCUGAUUCCAACGAACCACUGCUGGUACCCCAGGUGAAGGUAGCAGAGGAUGGUUCACUGAUCAUCGAUGAGGAGAGUUUGACAGUAGAGGUACUUCGUAACAAGGGACCAAAUCUUUCUGAGGACCGAGACCCUAUCUUUGAGCGUGGCUCAACAACUACGUACUCCAGUUUUCGUAAGGGCAGCUAUACAAAGCCCUGGUCAAGUCAAGAGACGGAUAUGUUCUUCCUUGCCAUUAGUAUGGUAGGCACAGACUUUUCAAUGAUUGGCUCAAUGUUUCCACACCGAGCUCGCUCUGAGAUUAAGAACAAAUUCAAGAAAGAAGAGCGUGCCAAUGCCUGGAGGAUAGACAAAGCCUUCCGAGAGAAACGGCGUUUGGAUCUGGAUUUUUUCACAGAGCUGCUUGAAAAGAUCUUGGCUGAUGAAGAAAGAAGGAAAACAAAUAAAGUAAAACCUUCUAUGGGAGCUAGAGUGCAGCAGAAGAAAGACAAGAAAAAAAGAGUGAGAAAGCCCUUGAAGGCUGUCUCAGAUACGGAAGAUUCUACAGAGGAAGAUUCAAUUGGUGAUUUUACAGAGGGAGAAAAAGAAAAUGAGCACAAUGUCAAUGAGCAUGGAACAAGUGAUGGCAAAAACAGCAGAAACAGUAGAGAGGGAGGUGAUUUUUAUCCAGUGAUGGAUAGACAAGCAACACCCGACACAGAUUACAAUGAGGCAGCUACUGGAAGACUAGCUGCUGAUGAGAACUCACAGAGUGAUAGAAGGGACUCAGAGAUGAGGCACGCUUCCCUGGUCGGUGACCUCCAACAGAGAACAAAGCCUAAACUUCCUCUGAGAGCCUCUGGGAAGGCUGGACAAAAUGCUCCAAUUGGAGAUUGUGCCACUGAGGAGAGUGAGGGAGCCUCUUCCCAGUUGACCAGGAGAUCUGAGACAUCUCCAACUUCAAGAACAAGAAAGAGCAAUAAAGAGGGUGUAGAAGUAAAUGAAUUGCCCAACAAUCCCACCAGGUUGAAGAGGACACUGAAACGACCUCAACCACACGUCCCAAAAGAGAGGUCCGUGGAAACAAAAGGUCACACACACUCACACUCAAAUGAUUAUCCUCCUGAUAUUGCGAGUCAGAGUAAACCAGUGGCAAUUGUGCGUGGCAGACGGAAAAAACGGACUGGUCUUGUCACAAUUCGAGCAUCAGCCUCUGAAGAGGACAUGGAAGUACAAGAAACAGAUAUACAAGAGCCUGGAAUUCUACAAGAUUGCUAUCCCACAAAUCCUGAAGACCAGAACCAAGUGCCUGCUUUUGUGCCUCUGGGUCUUCGAUCUCCUUCGCUUGUAAAUGUAGUGGUUGAGGAAGCUAUUGAGGAGGAUGUUGUUGACUUCAUUGCUCCAGAGAACAUUGAAGCAUCUGAGGAAAGUUAUAAGGAGGCAGCCCAAACCCUGCUGACCAUUGGGAACCCAGGUCAUGUAAGACAGAUGAACUGUGCACCUAAUUCCGCUCAGGAACAGUCCACUAGUACACAUGCAGACCAUAGAGGAACAGAUGUUUCUUCAGAGUCUGAGACUCCUGUCCAUGGAGCCUCAUUUACUGGCAGAAAUUCAAGACCGGGAGUUGAGGUCUCAACAGAUGUGUCUCAGCUGGCAGAAACUAACUCCGAGGAGCCAAUAUUCAUCAUCUCCCUGACUGAAAUAUCACCAUCCUUCAUAGAAACACUUCCCCCUGACACUGACCCCCCCCUUUCCCACACUGAGCUACUCCUAUGUAAUCCAGAACCUCUCCCAUCUCUCACAGAAACUCUACCCUCUGAUGCAAAGACUCUUCCAUGUGUCACUGGCAUGCUUCCCUCAAAUGCAGAAUGUCUGCCAUCUUUUUCACAUAUGUGCUCAUCUUCCCAUGAGCCCUCCACAUCUCUUACAGAGCCCCAUAACUUGGAAAUUUUCCCUUCACUGAAAGAGCCCCCUCCUCCCAUUACAGAUAAUCCUCCCACUGUUGUAGGGCCUCUGUGUUGCGUCACAAAACCCAAUCCAAUGAUCGCACAAUUGAACACAAGGCUGGAAGUGCAAGGUAAUGGAGAUAUCAUUGAGACUGAUAGAAGAGCAGUGCCUCAUCUGAUGGUCACUGAUGUUCUGGUAUCUGUGCCAGAGGAAGGAGACAAGAAUAAACAACUUGAGUGCAAUAUAGACAUCUCAUCACCAAAUCUCACGCUAGAGACUUCAGACAUCCAUCCUGGCACGACACCGGUGCUAUCAGGUCUGUCUUCAAGACAGGUUUCAGCUAAGUGCAUCCAAGGAAAGACUCCUCCUGUUUCUCAAAUUUGCAAAACUGAUCAGUCAAGGUGUACACCUUCAUCUUGUGUGAACUUACGAGAAAGUAGAGUCAAAGACAUUCAGAAGCAGCCUGAGGGAGUCACAGUUGUUGAUUUGGAAGAAAUUGAGUCUUUAUAUGACACUACUCCUGUCAUGCCUAUUGCUAUUAAUAGCAGUGACAAACUUCAGACAGCUAUAGGAGUGGUGUCUCACUUGCUCAUUCCCAAUGCUCUCGUGGCUGUAUCAGAAGGACAAGAGGGAGGAGAGCAGAAAGAAGACUUGGACAACCAUUUUUCAAACAAAGAGGAUACAAAUUCCCAAUGUCUCAGUCCAGUUAACUCCGAUGGCAAAGAUGGCCUCUGCUCCUUUGCAAGUCAUCACAAUGAUACACAGGAACUUUCUAUAUUGGAUCCCAGAGGCCCCAUCAUAAGCCAUUUGGAAGUCCCAAAGGAUGAUACCGGAGUGGUUUCUCACAUGAUCGUCCCUGAUGCUUUGGUGCCUGUAUCAGCAGAAGUGGAGAAAAAACAUGUGCGGAAAGAGGACAAUUGCACUAAGAGGAUGAAACCUGAUAGUCUUGACACUGCAAGCUCAACUAAUGAAAAUGUUGCAAGGUCACCAGCACAGCUUGAUUCUGAUGGACAGAUUGAAGAGAGAUCCCCGCCAAAGAAAAGGAAGUUUCUUGGGGGUACAAGGAGAGCCAAGCUCCAAGUGAAACCAGCGUUGCCUGUACGGCGACUUUCCUCACAAAAUGCCUCAGCAGAAAAAUCUGCUCUACCACUUCCCUCAACUGGGAAUUUCCUUGGACGCUGCUCUGGGUCUGGCCAGACUAACAAGACACAAUUGCCAGAAUCAUCAUAUAAGCCCCCAUCAACGGCUAGUUUUGAGGAUGGAAAAGAAUCUUCAGUUGUCCAGCACACCACUCCACCAACAGUUACUCAUGCAAUGACCAGACCUGGAAGAAAACCAAAAGGCUUCCUCUCCUUCAUGUCCAGUAAGAAUGUGUCUGGGGUGACUGCUACAAGACCUACUCAAGUCAAAUCUAUACAAUCACAGAGGACGUGCAUACCAACAGCAACUGAACUAACUACAUGCAGUUCGACAAAUACAGCUAAUCUGACACCAAACAGAUCUACUUGUGGCACUGAAAGAGCUGUACCAAUCACCUCCUCCUGUCACACUCCUUCUUUGCAGAAUCCUGAGGUGAACUCAUCUGAAUCAAGACAGUCAGGCAUCAGGCAUCGCUCGGAGGAGCCCACAAAGAUAUCAGAGUACUUCCUCAGUAACAUCUUUACAGAAGUUGAGGAGCGGGACUGAGGGUUAAACUGAUAUCCAGCCUAGAUAAACAAGAGGUAACAACUGAAAGAAGAUGUUUGCUGAUGAAUGGAAAUUGUAGGGAUUAUUAAUGCAUGUCAAAGCUAACAGCCUGAAGAUACUCACACUCAAUGAUGUCUGUCCAGCAUUUAGCUGAGCUGAAAGUCAUACUAGUCUGAUUACUUGUUCCUGGUCUUGCCAGUAAUAAAUUGAAGAGUUAACUCCAAUCAGUAUGGUAUGAAACGUUGUGUAGAUCACUGAUUUUGUGUUGUAUCAGUCCAUGUCUAUCUGAGUGCCCGACUGUGCCAUUUUGGUUACUAAAUGCCAGUUUGUUUCAAUCUUAAUUUAAUAUAAUGGUCAAUCAGGCUGUCAUAAUUCCAUUUGGUGUUUGGGGAAAUGAAUGUAGAGGAAAAGAAUGAUGUGUGUUUGGAUGUUCUUCCUUCUUACAGGUACUGGCAACAGUAUGUGACAGUUUAUUUGUUCCGUUAUAAAUCAGUGUUAAUAUUUUCAGAUAAGGUGUCUGUGGUUCUUUUAUGCAUUUAAUGUAGUCAUCACAUAAUAUUUUUGACAUUAUUUUUAUAUAGUUGAAGUAGGCUACAGUUUAUUUUAUGUUUUUAUUUUAUUGCAUUCCCAUAAUAACCCCGGUGUACACUGCAAUAAUAAUGAUAAUUGAUGAUUAAAACAAA